AUGAACUUCACUAACAUCAACGACCCCGCAGGGGUAAAAGCUUUGCUCGAGCGGCUUAGAUCGUCUCAGGCCUGGCAAGACAUUGCGCAAGUUGCUCCGGCGACGAGCAGCAACUCACAUGUUGCUCCACCGCCGCCACCAGUGCAUGUACCACGUAGCGGUUUCAAACCAGUUGAUUCGGAUGCCUUCACUAGUGAAGCUCCACCGUCUGUAGCUCCGGCCUUGUGGACCUCUUCGGUGGAAGUUGCGCAACCGUCCUCAUCUUCGUCUUCGGUCGCGGCUUUGCUCUCCCAAUUGCACGGAUCUCCGUCGUUCAAUGCUGUUGUAGCACCCGUACCGCCACCGGCCGCUCCCCCUGUGGACGUGAAUUAUUGCGGAACCCAACAUUUUGACAGACACCAACCCAUCAGCGAGAGUCAGUCUACCCUUGCACCAUGUCCAGCUGCACCGGAGUCAGCUGCUGCGCCCCCGUUGGCCCCACCGGCUGUUCGUAAGCAGGACUUACGAUCAUAUACCUUCCAGCAGGCCCUUCCGCAGCUUGCACGACUGUCCGAAGAUCCCGAAUUUGUGAAAUCGAUCUCUGCGAUGAAAGAAGAGCAAGCGGAUCUCGAACGGCAAUUAUGGGAAGAGAGGCGAGAGAUCCAGCACAAGUACGAAGACAAAGUGAACUCCACGCGCACCAAGGCGAAAAUUAUUGGUGUUGGCUUGACGCAGCACGAAGCUGACAUGAUAUCAGAUGCCCUUCGUAAGGAGCUGCAGAACUUUGAUUCGACGCGAGCAAUACCCGCAUGGGACGGCCUCCUCGCCAAACAGCAGGCGGCGCUUCAGUCACUGGGCGUCCCGGCCAUGUAUCCGACCACUGUUACCACGGAUAGAGAGAAACAGCAGAAGAUCGUGCAGGUGCUCGGAGGGAUUGUUGGAGGAGAUGGCGCUUGA